CACAAUUCUGCUGCCCUUCGGUGAGUGCCCCUGCCUCUGCCUGUGGGUGUAACUGCCCCUUCUGGUCUGUGUGAAGCCUCAGGCUGUGUAUGGAUGUGUGUGAGACGGCCUCUUUCGGAAUUUCACUCGUCUUUCUUGACGCAAGCGCAGAUGAUAUGGUGGCUUUUAUAAAAUUCAAGUAGAGCGGCAGGUUCAAUUUGAUUCCCCCAGAUAGAAUUUAUUUUCGAGGAUCUUUCUACUUAUUUACUCACAAAAUGUCUAAAAGGAGGCCAGCACAUACAGGGCUAAGAGGUAAACCGAAACGACCACGUAAAGGGAUUUCAUUGGAUGUGAAACUCGAUAUUUUACGAAGGUUUGAUGCUGGAGAAAAGCUUAGCGCGAUUGCUAAAACUCUGGUGCUCGCUAAGUCUACAGUGGGAACAAUAAAAGACAACCGAGACAAAAUUGAGGCAAUUGCUCAAGUUGCAACACCAGUAAGUGCCCGGACUCUUUAUCUUCAUCGCAGUGAAGUGAUGCUUAAUAUGGAAAGACUGCUGAGUGCGUGGAUAGAAGAGCAGACGCAAGGUAACGUGCCAUUAAAUCCGAUGGUUAUUCAAGCUAAGGCCAGGAGCUUAUAUAAUAACUUAGUGAAAGAAAAAGGUAGCGAUGCGCCAGAAAAGCGUUUCCUGGCAAGUAAAGGUUGGUUUGACAGGUUUUGUAAGCGAUUUAACCUGCAUAACUUUAAAAUAAGCAGUGACGCUACCGGUGCUGAUGUGGACGAUGUGAUAAAUUCCCCGAGAGCAUUGAAAAAGAUCAUUUACGAAGGAGGGUACCUGCCAGAACAGGUGUUUAAUGUGGCCGAAACUGGUCUUUUUUGGAAGCGCGUGCCAGAUCGGACAUUCAUUUCGAAAGAAGAGAAGUCUGCACCGGGUUUUCAAGCUUCCAAAGAUCGUCUGACGCUACUUCUGGGAGGCAAUGCUGCCGGUGAUUUUAAGUUAAAACCCCUUCUAGUGUACGGCACUGAAAAUCCCAGAGCUCUCGAAGGUUAUGCAAAACCUCACUUACCUGUGAUUUGGCACUCGAACAGGAAAGCUUGCAUGACUGUGGCUAUUUUUCAUGACUGGUUCAUCAACUACUUCUGUCCUGCUGUGGAAAGGUACUGUGCCCAACGUAACAUUUCCAACAAAGCAUUACUCGUUAUAGAUAAUGCACCAAGCCACCCACUAAAUUUAAAUGAUCUUUCCGAUAGCGUGAGAGUUGAGUACCUGCCAAAGGAAACAUCCGCCUUAAUUCAACCAAUGCAUCAAGGUGCAAUUACACAGUUCAUGAGGUUCUAUUUACGAAGAACUUUGAAGCAACUGGUUGACGCAGCUGAUGGAGGAGGUGAAGCAACGGUUGGAGAAUUUUGGAAAGGCUUUAACAUUAUGAAUGCCAUAGACAACAUCGCGGAGUCGUGGGAUGAACUGCAAGUAUCAACAAUGAACGGUGUUUGGCAAAACAUAUGGCCAGGGUGUAUCAUCAACUUUACAGAUGUUCCAGCAGCAGAACCUGCAGAGAAAGUUACCAGAGACAUUGUGACACUCGCAAACGAGGCUGGGUUUGAAGACAUCGUCGAGGAAGAUGUGAUUCAACUGCUGGAUUCACAUGAAGAAAAUUUGUCAAAUGAAGACCUCAUGUUGUUGGAGCAAGAGCGAGCAUCAGAGGAUGCCGACGUUACAGAAGCUCCAGCCACCCCACUUCAACUGACGACACACCACCUGUCCGAAACCUUAUCAUACAUCGACCGGGUUGUGGAUAUCCUCAGUGCUAAUGAUCCAAGCCGAGAACGUAGUCUAAAGGCUGUCCGCUUGCUGCAUGAUGCCAUGGGCUGUUACAGGGAAAUGUACAAGGAGAAAAUGCGCCGCGAACAACAAUCAGCUCUCGAUGCUUUUCUCGUCUGCAAAACAGAGCCUCCCUCUCCCCCCAUGUAACACCGCUCCACAGCCGCCACGUCGCGCAGCACUCCACAACAUGUCUGCGUUGUGCUUUGGUAUUUUUGUGUUUCACUUUUAUUUGUUGAGAGACAUAAUUAAAUUAUCGA